GUUUUCAUGUGCACAUUUAAAUUAGCCGGAGUGUUUUUUAUGUCGCGCUCCUCGUCUGAUUUAAUCAGAGUAUCGUUUUAUUUUAACACAGUUUAAGAUCACAUUAAGGCUUAUUUUCUACCUCAAACACCUCGAGAUGGCAGGGAACUUCUGGCAGAGCUCACAUUAUCUGCAGUGGGUUCUGGACAAACAGGAUCUGAUGAAGGAGAGACAGAAAGAUCUCAAGUUCCUCACAGAGGAGGAAUAUUGGAAGCUACAGAUAUUUUUUGCCAAUGUGAUUCAAGCCUUAGGGGAACACUUGAAACUCAGGCAGCAGGUCAUCGCCACGGCAACUGUCUACUUUAAGCGUUUCUACGCCAGGUACUCUCUGAAGAGCAUAGACCCUGUGCUGAUGGCCCCCACAUGUGUGUUUCUGGCCUCUAAAGUAGAGGAAUUUGGUGUUGUUUCGAACACACGCCUUAUUUCAGCAGCAACGUCUGUGUUGAAAACGAGGUUCUCUUAUGCCUUUCCAAAGGAGUUUCCCUUCAGAAUGAACCACAUCUUGGAGUGUGAGUUCUACUUACUGGAGCUCAUGGACUGCUGUCUGAUUGUGUACCACCCUUACAGACCGUUACUGCAGUAUGUGCAGGACAUGGGUCAGGAGGACAUGCUGCUGCCACUGGCUUGGAGGAUAGUGAAUGACACCUACAGGACAGACCUGUGUCUGCUUUAUCCUCCAUUUAUGAUUGCACUGGCCUGCCUGCAUGUGGCCUGUGUGGUGCAGCAGAAAGAUGCCAGGCAGUGGUUUGCUGAGCUGUCUGUUGACAUGGACAAGAUCCUGGAGAUCAUCAGGGUGAUUCUGAAACUCUAUGACCAGUGGAAGAACUUUGAUGAUAGGAAGGAAAUGGCUGCUGUGCUCAACAAGGUGCCCAAACCCAAACCCCCUCCUAACAGUGAGACUGACCAGAGCUCAAACGGGAGCCAAAACAGCUCGUACAGUCAGUCCUAGAGCGGCCCCUGCUGGAGGACCUGAGGCGGAGUCACACACAAACAGCACAUCCUGGCACAUCUAAAUGCUGCUUUACACAAGCACAUUGUUUUAUGACCACGGGGAAACCCAUUCCCGGCACAAAUCCUCUCUUUCCUGUCUUCUGGGUUCUUCCAGCAAUCAGAGCAGAGAGAAUGAUGCCACCUCCUUCCUUCCUUCCUUCCACCAAUCAGAGCAGCCCAUGUCAGAACUGCUCACCAAUAGAAAAUAUGCUUUGAUUUAAAGUUUAUUGCCAAGCUUAAGGCUGUAGUCUUGAAUGUUACUGACACACACACACAAACGCACCUCAUUGGGUAUCUACUUGAUUAAGAGGGGUGCUGUUUUCCCAGAUCUUUGGUAGUCGAUGGUCCUGACUUCCUUGAAAAGUCCCAUUAAGCUUCUUUCAGCGGACGCUCUUUGGGAACUAAGAAAACUUGAUUCUUUUCUGUCUGAGAGCGACAAAUGGAGAGUGUGUGUGUUUAAUCGUGAAUAUAUUUGUAUGCUUGCCUCUCGUUGACCAUAUCACAGUUUGUAUUCCUCAGGGAAACGGAUCAGUCCUCUCUACAAAGUGGCUGUCUGUAAACUGAUUGGCCACAGGGCUAUGUGACGGCGAUCUUUUGAACCCUCGUACUGUGUAAUCAAAUCCUGAUCGGAUAUUUGACACACGUGUGCAUGUGAGUUAGAAUGCACAAGUGACACAUAUAGUUCAGUUGAUCACAAUAUGCUUCAUACAAGAUUGUAAAUAUGCUUUCCAUUUAUAGCCCUUGACUUUGUUUUUAUCAUUUUUGUCUUAUUAUAAAUUUACUGUAUGGUUAUGCUACAUAUAGUGUACUUUCCAGAACCCAAAUGCUGUUUUUUUUGCUUUCAUUUUGUGAAUUGAUGUCUCUGCAGCUGCAGCACACUGAAGUAUCUCAUCACGUUUAAUAGAGGACAAGCCAAUGUCUUGAGGCUUUUGGAAAUGUAGACCUACAUGUUGGCUGUGGUUAUCAAGUCCCUCACUUCCCAUCAUUUGCAUCUCAAUCAUUAGUUUGAGGGACAUAAAGGACCUCAGAAGAUUUUACAGUACAUACAUGUCUGGCUGUGUUUUGAAUGGAAUUUUUGUUUUUGGCUUCAUUUUUUACGUUUAGUUGUGGUUUAGGAGUGUUGCCUCGUCUUUAUUGAGGGAACUUGAAUAAAUGUGGCCCUUCUCCGUGAUGCGGUGUAUGUAUUAUUUGCCUGUAUAUAUAUAGUAUUUGAUAAUGUGAGCGCUGUGAAAGGUGAGAGGGCUUGGAGUGUUGUUCUCAUUCGUUUGUCUAUAAUGGAGCUCAGAAGCCUUAUUGAAUAAAGCUGCUGUUGAAACAAAAA